AGAUCAGCCAGCUCGCUGGUCAGAUCAAUCGACACAAGAAUGGGCAGAAUCCCGACGAGCAAACACAGUUCAAGUUACCUAGAAGUAACAGCUAUAGCGGACACCAUCCCUCAAACACUGCAUGGCAAUCUACUCGAGGAGGCUACAUGUCACGAGGGUCUGGUCGAGGUAGUAGAGUACCGCAAGUUCACCGUAAUAGAACCUUGGUUCUCAACGGUAACAACUCUACGACAUCCAUCAACACCCCGCAGGGCGUAAAUAAUGACGAGAACGCGAAGAUCAAUGGCCAGGCUUCGACCACUGGCUCUGCUUGGGUAUCAAAGACCGAUCGCCAUUUGCAGAUCAUCAAUACGUCAAUCUACGAGAAGGAAAGCCAACUACGCACCAAAGCCAUCGAGGAGACCCGCCAACAGAAAUUGAGAGAAAGAGGUGAACGUGACAAGAAAAGAUUCACCAAGCAACUUCAACGAUCAGCGAACAACGCUUACAGUUCAUCAACAUCUAAGUCUAUCAACGGGACAAUCGUCGACAUUGAAGGGAUCGCCUUUCGUGUAACUAAAAACGGAGACAAGCUUAUCAAAGUUCCCAGUGAUCCCCAUCCUCCAAGUGCGACCCCGAAGACAUGGAGUUCUGGCGGUAUUCUCUUCUUUAGAAGCAAAAACGGCAACUUGUAUCGGGCAGGCAUUGUUACAGCACAUCGGAGAAAGAUUGGUCUGCAAAAGAUCCAGGAGCCUUGUCGGGCAUUUACAACUACGGGUUCAUGCAACAAAGGUCCAAAGUGCCGAUAUAUCCACGAUCCGUCAAAGGUUGCUGUAUGUAAGAAGUUUCUGAAGGGGUCGUGUCCAAGUGGAGACAAGUGUGACUUAUCACAUGAAUUGACCCCCGAAAGAACUCCUACCUGCUUGCAUUUUGCAAAGGGCAAUUGCUCUAAGCCAAAUUGUCAAUACCCUCAUGUGCGGGUCUCGCCAUCUGCGCUUGUCUGUCGAGCAUUCGGGAUCUAUGGAUACUGCGAAAAAGGUACAUCUUGCACAGAACGCCACGUACAUGAGUGUCCUGACUUCAGUAACACCGGAACUUGCGACACGAAAGGAUGCAAAUUGCUCCACCGACACAAAGCAAGCGUGAUGCGUACCAAUACCGCUCACAACAAUCAAUCAGGGGAAGAUGAGAGCAGUGACAUCUCAAGUGAUGACGGAGGCGAGAUCGGUGAUGAAGACGUCGACUCCGAUGAUUUGGAGGAAUUCCUUGGUGACGAAGAUGGCGAUGUCGAUUGUGACAUUCCCAUGCAACAGGACUACGUCCAGUUGUCGUAA